AUGUUGGUGAUUUUUGUUGGUCGUAAAGAUGGUCAAAUAGGACUGUGGCUUGACAACAGUUGUGCAGGUGAUGUGUUCGUAUAUUCUUACAAAUUCUAUGGCUACAUUUCGGCAGAAGAAUGGGAUAUCAAUGAUGCUAAUGUUGUUUGCAGACAAACUGGAUGUGGAUUUGCAUUGAGUGCUACUUCCAGACCCAAACCUAAUAGCUACUACAACGUUGUCUUGGAAAAUGCAGGAUGCUUGGGAAAAGAAAAUGAUUUACAGUCAUGUCUGGGCAUUACUUUGGCAACAAAUCUCACUUCUAAUUCAAGUAUUGCUCGAGUGAUCUGUUCAAAAGAUAACCUCAAGCCUCGACUGGUGAAUGGCACCACAGAUUGCAGCGGUAGAGUGGAAGUUCACAACGGACUGAGCUGGGUGUCUGUCUGUGGAAGUAACUGGGGGAUGAAUGAGGCAAAGGCAGUCUGUGCACAACUGCACUGUGGAUUCCCUGUUCAAGUAAACAGCAAUUCUUAUUUUGGACAAGGAUCUGGUGAUAUUUUUCAGAAGAAGAUGGUAUGUUCCGGAAAUGAAUAUUCUUUGUUUGAGUGUGAUUUCAGUCAGCAACGUCCCUCAGAUUGUACACAUGCCCAGGAUGCCAGUGUCAUCUGUUCAGGCUUACAGCUGACAAAUGGAACAGACAGAUGCAAAGGCAUUGUGAAAGUGAACAACGGCUCUCAGUGGGGUAGCGUCUGCAGUACUACUUGGAGUAUAAAUGAGGCAACUGUAACUUGCCAGGAACUAAGAUGUGGCUAUGCAGUAUCAGUGCAAGGAAACAGCUCAUUUGGAGGAAAUCAGCAGCCCAUUCUAUUAAAUCACAUUCAGUGUAAUGGAUGGGAGAAGUCUCUGUCACAGUGUUCCAAUAUCCAGUUAGGAAAUGGCUUCUGUAACACAUCCAAAGUGGCAAGAGUGGACUGUUCAGGUGGUGAUUUGGGUUAUUUUAGUUUAAGGCUUCUAGAUGGAGAGAACUACUGCUCAGGCAGAUUGGAUGUAUAUCCUUAUAACUACCUUACCUGGGGUACAGUGUCUGGAAGUCACUGGGACAUCAGUGAUGCACGGACUGUAUGCAGGUAUCUAGGAUGUGGUUUUGCACUUGCAGCAUAUAACAACUCAGAAUAUGGAAAAGGAUCUGGUCCUGUAUGGUUUGAAGCCAACUGCAAUGGAAAUGAGACGUCACUGAGCCAGUGUCCGCUGACAUUACUGGGACCACCUGACACAAAUCCUCACGCUAAUGAUGCAGCUGUCAAGUGUACAGGUUACUUAGCAACAAGGAUUUUCAAUGGAACAAGCCCUUCUGCUGGGAGAGUCGAAGUAUUUUUUAACAAUAACUGGUACCCUGUUUCAACAGAAGGAUGGGAUAUAAAUGAUGCAAAUGUUGUAUGCCAAUCACAAGGAUAUGGAUUUGCACUGGCAGCUAUUACAGAUUCCAGCUUGGGUAUACGUUCCUCCUCUACAUGGUUUAAAAAUUUUCAGUGCACUGGUAGAGAGUAUAGCCUAAAUUACUGCUAUGGUGAAAUCUCAACAAAUAUCAGCAUUCCCUCUGCUGCUGCUGGAGUUAUUUGUUCUGCAGGGGAACUUAUCGUCAGACUAGUAAAUGGGACUGACCGAUGCAAUGGAAUCCUUGAAGUAAACAGAUUUUCAAACUGGGAACGUGCUUGCAAUUAUAACUGGAAUUAUGCACUAUCUGAUGCAGUUUGUAAAGAGCUGUACUGUGGUAGAGCUUCUUAUAUACAAAGUGACAUUUCCAAUACAGAAAGCCAAGACGGAAUUUGGAUGAAUAAUACAUAUUGCAAUGGAUAUGAAGCUUCUCUGUCAAAGUGCAGAAGUGACCAAUGGAGUAAUGGUUUCUGUAACUCUAAACAACAAAUCCGUAUUGUUUGUUCAGGUAACAGAUUUGUAACUCAUAACUGCUUUAUAACUUUUUUGAAUCAAAAUUUUGUCAUACACAUUUUCUAG